AUGGCGAGUGCUGCAAGCACAGUGCGGCUUACUGCCCGUAUCGCUGGACGACAUGCCUCCAAGAUUACGUCACGGAGAGGCUUCAAUACGACAUCAUAUCGGGGUGCUGCUCAGAAUUACACCAUGCCAGCAUUGUCUCCAACGAUGACCGAAGGCAACAUCGCUAGCUGGCGCGUCAAAGAGGGUGACACUUUCUCAGCUGGUGAUGUGCUGCUGGAGAUCGAGACGGACAAAGCAACUAUGGAUGUCGAGGCACAGGACGAUGGCAUGGUCAUGAAGAUCAUAUCGGGAGACGGCGCAAAAGGAAUCAGUGUUGGAACCCGCAUAGCUGUGAUGGCCGAGCCGGGCGACGACUUGAGCAACUUGGAGAUCCCAGCAGAGGAGAACAAGGCAAGCUCGAGACCAUUGGAUGCGAGCGAAUCAGCCCCCAAAAAACCCACGGUCGAGUCAUCGGGAAGUCCAGGAAGCAAGAAUAGCGACGCAGCGGCACAAGCGAAGGCCGACUCUCCACAGAACAAGGGCACGUCAGCAGAGAAGCCAGAGACGCCACGCCUCCAGCAUCAAUUAUCAGCUGCAGUUGAGGCCAUUCUGCAUCAGAACGGACUUUCCGCUUCGGACGCAAGCAACAUCACUGGAACUGGACCCAAAGGCCGCAUUCUGAAGGGCGAUGUUCUCGCUCACCUCGGAAAGAUUAAUAAGGAGACCCCCGCGAAGCUGCAGGCGCACGUUUCCAAACUCGCACAUCUUGACCUUUCAAAUAUACAACUGAAUAAGUCGCCCGCGCGGGCACCAAAGGUCGAAGCUGGGAAGGUGAAAUCUCAACCGGCCGAGCCAGUGCAGCCCGUCGACGUCGAAGUUGCUAUUCCAAUUAGUCUGUCAGCCGUCAUUGCCACACAAAAACGUGUCAAUGACACUCUCGGAAUAUUCCUCCCAUUGUCAACAUUCAUUGCUCGUGCAACAGAACUCGCAAAUGAAGGACUGCCCGUCAACAAAUCCGCAAAACCCACCUCCGAUGACCUUUUCAACGCUGUUCUCGGACUGGACAAAAUCUCAACCUACACCCGUGGCCACUUUUACCCUCAUGUCGCAGGGAUCUCAUUGCCUGCUAGCGUAGGGAGGCGGAAACAAUCACAAAAGCCUGACAUCAUCGAUCUAUUAACAUCGAAAAAGGCCAACUCGAGGCCCAAAUCUGUCGCACAGGCACCUCUUGGAGUCUCACCAAGCGCGAACCUGUUUUCAGUGGUUGCUGCGAACGGCGAGGAAAAGCGGGCAGAGGAGUUCCUGGCACGGAUAAAGCUUGUCCUUGAAAAGGAGCCUGGCCGCUUGGUUCUGUAA